AUGAACAUCGCCAAAAUGACGUUUGAGGUUGCCAAAACAGUCGCUAGUGGCUCCGCCGCACGAACAGCUACGCUCAACCUUUCCAACGGCAAUUCUAUUGCUACUCCAGCUUUCAUCACCACUUCUAGCCGGGGUUGUGUGCCCAACCUGACCCCCGACAAUGUCAAUGUGGACAAGCAUGUGCCUGGAGCCGUGGCGGUGGGACUUGAAGACUUUGUGGAGCGUCCCCAGGCCCCGUUGCUUCUGAAAGAUGUCGGAGAUGAGCCCUCCCGAACCCGUUUUUCACUCCCUGAGGAAGUCAACAUCUUCCUGCAAACCCGACGACCUUCCAACGUGCUUCCCAACAAGCCCAAUGGCCGAAACAUGCUGUCCAUGUACUCGUCUGUUGGUGUGGUUGACAUUGAUAUUGACCAGUUUCCUCUCAUGGCCAACGCUGUUGCUCCUGAAGUGUUUGUAGCUCCGGCCGAUGCAUCUGGUCUCAGUCCCUCGGGAGCCUGUCCUGGAUCCAAUAAGGUCAAGAAGAUGGUGAUGCGGUCUCAGCGGUGGCUGGAAAAGUGCGUGGCCGACGUCAAGGUCCCUAUUUACGCCUCGAUUCUGCCUACUCUUCCCGUUUUGCACCAGAAGGAGUAUCUUAAGACAGUGGUAGAGAACCAGGAUAAGAUCAACGGUCUGGUAUUCCACACUCGAGCCGAGCACUCUGAGUACCCCGAUCAGACCAUUGAUCUCAGUCGAUUCGACUCCACCCGAAAACCCACAGAUGCCGCUGCUGCCGAAAGUGCAGCUCGUAAGGCUGCCGCUCAGGGACCCACUGACGGUAAUGGAAACCCUCUGGAUGUCAAGACUGAGCAUCUGACGGGCCCCAAGCCUGUUUUGGACGAGCUCAAGAACCUCGGAAUGGGCAAGACGAUGCCUCUCUACCACUCUGGACAGUGUGACACUCCCCAGCAGAUGCUUCUGCUCAUCCAGCAGGGCUUUGAUCUGCUGAGCGGAUAUUCUGUCGAGACCUUUUCGGACGCUGGAGUCGCUCUUGAUUUCACCUUUCCUGCCACUCCGGGUGCUGUGUUUGGACACAAUCUGUGGGACCCCAAGUUCAAGAACGACUUUUCUCCUCUGGCCGACUCCAACCAGGCCCUCAGUGCACCACAUCACCGAGCAUACUUGUACCAUCUGUUGGACGCGCACGAGAUGUUGGGUCACGUGAUUCUCGAACAGCAUAACCUCGAGAUUUACAAUCGGUUCCUGGCUGGAGUAAGACGGAGCAUUGAGGCCGGCACGUUUGACGCCGAUGUCAAGGAUUUUUUUGAGGUCUACGGAGAUUCAAAGCUGGUGUUGAAGCUGGUUGAGAUGGGAGAAAAGUUGCAAGGUAGCCAUGGAGCUGAUAAGGAUCGAUUCUGA